AUGACCAUCACGCCGUUACCCUCGGGAGCCCAUCGCCAUCACUUUCCAGCCACUCUUACGCUGCGGCACACUUCUCCCUUUCUCCAAGACCGCCUUCCCUUGUUCCCCCCGCCCUCCCCCUUCCUGACAACAACUAUGUCAACACCAGGCUUUGUAUCGGCCAGCGCUGCGGCCCGCUUCACCCAUAGACCGCAUCCAACAACCGCAUCUUCAAAAUGCUCGCACUUCGCUGGCCGCGCCCUCAUCUCACUAACCUCGCUCCCCGCCCGCGCCCGCCCGACCUACACCCCAAUCCAGAUGAAGAAAGGCCGCUCCCGCCAGCCGCUGCAACCGCGCCGCGCGCAAGACCAGAUGUCACUUCCCGAGGACGGCACCCCUGUCUUCGCUAUCUUUGUCCGUACCCCGCGCACGAAGCUCUGGUAUCCAAUGGGCGCCGUCCAAGGCGAUGAUCGCUCCAAAAAUCUCGUCAAUGCACUCAAGGGUGGCUUCGCAAAGGCCAUGUAUGCCAACGCAUUGGACAAGGGCAUUGCACAGACGGUGUACGGUAAGGGCGGGGACAAGUUUGUUCAAAGUGCCGUUCGCAUGUACCCGCAGCUGAAAAAAUACACAAAGCAGCUCGAGUUUGGGUACAGGGUCACGGCUAUCGGCCUCGAUGAGCAGCCGACGAAGCUGGUCACGAAGGAGAUGGCACUACCUUUUGUGGAGUGGGCGAAGAAGCAGCUAGAUAAUGUCUUCAAGAAGAAAAAGUAGCCUUUGCCAAAACGGCACCUGCUUGUCCUUACACACGAAGGCUGCUAUCGUUCGAAGCCGGAGGCUCUCGUUCUUGUAAAUGAAGCACAUGGACGGAAUCCCGUAACCGAAACUGUUGGCCGUUUCU